AUGCCACACACUGUGUCUCCGUCCGACUCGCCCGCCAUGCCGACUGUUGUCGCCAAAACCCCUUCCGCGGUUCCCCCCACCUCUGAAGAGAUUUCCUCCCUCCUACAGACCAUCUUCUCCGCCGACACCUCGCAGCAGUCGCUCGAUGCCUCCUAUGCCUUGACCAACCUGCUGAUCCAGAGCGUCGGCUGCGCUGGCCUCCUGGCCCACAAUGUCCUCACCCAAGCCAAGAAGGCUGCCGCCGAUAAGAAGGACGGCGCCAAGCGGGAGAGUGCUAUGUUGAUCAUCGGUGCCCUGUUUGAGCGUUUCCCCCGCGAGUGGCCUUUGAGUGAGGUCAACUUCCUACUCCACGAAGGCGGUGUUCUCGAUGUCGCACUGGAGGCCCUGGCUGAUAAGGGUGCCGUUGUGCGCGAUGCUGCCCAAUACGCUCUGGACGCCCUGUUUGCGAAUCUCAGUCCCGAGGCCAUGGCCAAUUCUUUGUUACCCGCCCUCGAGAAAUAUCUCAGCAAGGGUACUGGCAAGUGGCAAGGCUUCGUCGGCGCCUACUCGUUGCUCGAGAAGAUGGCUGUCAAGGCGCAGGUGGGUACCGGCAGCAAAGAAGAGGAGCGCCAGAAAGAUCUGCUCCGCGAGGCCAUGGGCAAGACGCUGAAGGAGUUGAUCCCCGUCGUUGAGUCUGGCAUGCAUGACCUGAAGAGCGAGGUCGCCAAACGAGCCACCAAGACCAUGAACGCCCUUACUACCCUUCUCUCCAACGACGACGUCGCGCCGCGCAUCCCCCUCCUCAUCAAGACCAUGGAGCAGCCUUCCGCCCAGACCCUCCAGAAGGCCAUUCAUGCCCUGUCUCAGACUACUUUCGUCGCCAUCGUGACGUCUCCUGUGUUGGCCCUGUUGACCCCGCUGCUGGAACGGUCUCUCAACACUCCCACUACCCCGCAGGAAACUCUUCGCCAGACCGUGGUUGUGGUGGAGAACCUGACCAAGCUGGUCCACGAUCCAGCCGAGGCGCGCACCUUCCUUCCCAAGCUUCAGCCUGGUGUGAAGAGCGUCAAGGAUCGUGCCUCGCUGCCCGAGGUGCGUGAACUGGCGACGCGAGCCCUGAGCGUUAUCGAGAAGGCUAUGCAAGAUGGCGAUGUUGCUGUCGGUGCCAUCUCCAAGACCACUUCGGAGGACGUCCUGGCAGUCCUGAACGCAAAGAUCCAGGAGCAGGGUGGUCUGACUGGUUUUGGCGAUGCCAAGUUCCAAGACUUGAGCAAAACCUACAUUGCCAGCAUGGUUCGCGAAGACGUCAACUGCCGUAUGCACGACCGCAUCCCCUCCUGCAUCGGCUCCUACCUUCGCGGUUUGCUUUCGGAUGAACAGCGGGACGCCGUUUCUACGGCUGUUCAGACCCACUUCAUCGAAGAAGACCACAAGAAGUUCGGCAAGCCCGUCCAGGAAGAUCCGAAUGAGGUUGAGAUUGUCAACGCGGACUUUUCCCUUGCCUACGGAGGUAUGCUUCUGCUGUCACACACCAAUCUCCGCCUCCUGAAGGGCCACCGAUAUGGCCUCUGUGGUCGGAACGGUGCCGGCAAAUCGACAUUGAUGCGCAGUAUUGCCAACGACAAGCUGGAGGGAUUCCCGCCGCCAGACGCUGUGCGCACUUGCUUCGUGGAACACAACCAGGGUGAAGAUGCCAAUUUGAGCAUCGCUGAGUAUGUUUCCAAGGACCCUGAGAUUGCCGCCCAAGGUAGCGACCACAUCCGCGAGGUCCUGCUGGAGUUCGGCUUCACGGAUGGACCUGAAGGCCGCCAGGCUCAACCGGUUGGCUCUCUGUCUGGUGGAUGGAAGAUGAAGCUGGCGCUGGCCCGUGCUAUGCUCAUGAAGGCGGACGUGCUGUUGCUGGACGAACCGACCAACCACCUUGACGUUGCCAACGUCAAAUGGCUCCAGGAAUACCUGAAGAAGCACACCGAUAUCACCAGUCUGAUUGUCAGUCACGAUUCUGGAUUCUUGGACGAGGUCUGCACCGAUAUCUACCACUACGAGGGCAAGAAGCUUGUCUGCUACCCGGGCAACCUGGCUGCUUUUGUCAAGGUCAAGCCCGAGGGUAAAAGCUACUACACCCUGUCUGCAUCUACCGUGCAGUUCAAGUUUCCUCCUCCGGGUAUCCUGUCUGGCAUUAAGUCCCAGACUCGCUCCAUCCUUCGGAUGAGCAACGUCUCGUUCACCUACCCGGGUGCUCCCCGACCCUCCCUGCAUGAUGCCUCCCUGUCUCUUUCGCUUUCAUCCCGUGUCGCCAUUAUCGGUGGAAACGGAGCUGGCAAGUCGACUUUCAUCAAAAUUUUGACAGGCGAGACGAUCCCACAAGGUGGCAAGGUUGAGAAGCACCCCAACCUCCGUAUUGGAUACAUCAAGCAGCACGCCUUGGAGCAUGUUGAGCUGCACUUGGAAAAGACACCAAGUCAAUAUCUGCAGUGGCGAUACGCCAACGGCGAUGACCGGGAGGUUUUCAUGAAGCAGACCCGUAUCCUGAGCGACGCCGACAAGGCCCAGCUGGAGACUCCUAUUGAUCUGGGAGAUGGCCGUGGAGCUCGUCGCAUCGAAACUCUGAUCGGUCGCCAGAAGUGGAAGAAGACCUUCCAGUACGAAGUGAAAUGGGUUGGUUUGCUUCCCAAACACAACACCAUGAUCUCGCGCGAGACUUUGUUGGAACGGGGCUUCUUCAAGAUGGUCCAGGAGUUUGAUGACCACGAGGCCUCGCGGGAAGGUCUGGGUUUCCGCGUCCUCGACCCGAAGACCAUCUCCAAGCACUUCGAGGACAUCGGUUUGGACCCUGAGAUCGCCAACCACAACGAGAUCUCGGGUCUGUCCGGUGGCCAGAAGGUCAAGGUUGUGCUGGCUGGUGCCAUGUGGAACAACCCACAUCUGCUAGUGCUGGAUGAGCCGACUAAUUUCUUGGACCGCGACUCGCUUGGUGGUUUGGCUGUGGCUAUUCGCGACUUCAAAGGUGGUGUGGUGAUGAUUUCUCACAACGAGGAGUUUGUGGGUGCGCUCUGCCCAGAGCAGCUGCACAUCGCCGACGGUCGUGUUGUCAGCCGCACUAACAACGCGGUCAGCUUGGACCGUUUUGAGGACAGUGCCACCAACACGCCGUCUGGAGCUGGUACCCCUGCCAUCGCUUCGGCUAGUACUAGUGCCGCCCCGUCUGCUGUUAACUCGGGCGAGGAAGACGGUGGCGAAUUGAAGUUCCGCGCCAAGAAGAAGAAGAAGAUGACUCGGGCUCAACAGAAGGAGCGGGAGGUCCGCCGCCGCCUCCGCCACAUUGAAUGGUUGAACUCCCCCAAGGGCACCCCGAAGCCCGCCGACACGGAUGACGAAGCGUAA